AUGCGUCUCUCUGGCCUGGCCGUGGGCGCCUCCGUCCUUCUGGGACGCGCACUGGGCUUAGCCGAGCCACAGUUGCCAAACGAAUCUGACUGUCCCGACGGCAUCGAAGUUGUCACGGUGCAGCCAGUCGUCAUCCUCACGGUUCAGCCUGUUCGGAUCAGCUCGUUCAUCCCGUCCAACACCGUCCUUACCAUCGGCAGCGUUACCAUCUCGGUUACAGACGCCCCUACAACUCUUGUCACUGAUAUCACUCUCACAAGCACUUCCACUUCUCUGUCGGCUGGCUCGGGGCCACCCUUUACCGGUCCUUAUACCACGUUGGCAGCCACUGGCCCUGGAUUCGGACCCGGUCCGACGACCAUUACUCUUCCUCCGAGUCGCCCUGAUGGAACCGGAACUGUGAUUAUCGUGCAGCUAGAUGCCACCGAUAUCCCUCCCACCUUUACAGGGCCUUUUACCACCGUUACAGGACCUUGGACUGGGACAGACCCCACGACAGUCACACUCCCUCCAACCGGCACCGGUACCGUUGGCAUUGAGGUGAUCCUGACACCGGCUACCACACCCCAGACCUUUACUGGUCCCUUUACGACGAUCACGGGCCCGGGAACUGGAACGAUUCCUACCACUAUUACCCUACCUCCUACUGGAUCAGGCACUGUUGGAACAGAGAUCGUUCUGACGCCGUUUACUGUGGCUGAGCCUCCAACAUUCACCGGCCCCUUCACGACUAUUACUGGUCCUGGAACCGGCACAGUUCCUACUACUGUGACUCUUCCUCCGACGGGAACAGACACUGUGGGAACCGAGAUCGUUUUGACUCCGUUUACUGCAGAUGACGGUGCUGACCCUACUUUCACCGGCCCCUUCACCACCAUUACUGGCCCUGGAACCGGCACGGCUCCUACCACGAUCACCGUGCCCCCAACUGGGACGGAUACCGUAGGCACCGAGAUCGUUUUGACGCCGCCUGCCGCCACGGAGCCUACAACUUUCACCGGCCCUUUUACCACCGUCACGGGUCCUGGCACCGGCACUGCUCCUACCACUAUCACUCUGCCUCCAAGCGGAUCUGAUACUGUGGGAACUGAAAUCGUCUUGACGCCGCUCACUGUAGCCGAGCCUACGAUAUUCACUGGACCCUUCACAACCAUCACUGGACCUGGAACAGACUCGGUUCCUACUACCAUCACUUUACCCCCUACUGGGACUGACACCGUCGGAAUCGAGGUUGUCCUGACCCCCAAUGCGGAGCCGACCACCUUCACUGGCCCCUUUACGACAAUCACAGGUCCCGGAACCGGAACUGAAGUGGAAACCAUUACCCUCCCCCUAGCUGGGACAGAUACAGUAGGAACUGAACUUGUUUUGACCCCUGCUACGGCCACUACAACUUUCACCGGACCCUUCACCACCAUCACGGGUCCUGGGACUGACACAGUUCCUACUACUAUUACUCUACCCCCGUCGGGAACUGACACUAUCGGCACCGAGGUUGUCCUCACCCCCGCCACGGAGCCGAUCACCUUCACUGGUCCUUUCACAACCAUCACAGCACCAGGCACGGGCACUGAAGAGGAGACCCUUACCCUCCCCCCUACCGGAACAGGAACUGUGGGCACUGAAAUUGUUCUCACUCCUCCCGGCCCUGACGCUACUACUUUCACUGGCCCGUUCAUAACUAUCACGGCCGAAGGAACAGGCACUGAAGAGGAGACGGUGACCCUCCCCCCUACUAGCACAGGAACUAUCGGCACUGAGAUUAUCCUCACCCCUCCCGGCCCUGACCCCACUACCUUCACCGGUCCCUUUACGACCAUCACCGCUCCAGGAACCGGGACCGAAGAAGAGACCGUCACCCUCCCCCCUGAAGGAACCGGAACUGUGGGUACUGAAAUUAUCCUGACCCCUCCAGGCCCUGAUCCUACCGCGUUCACCGGGCCUUGUACAACCAUCACGGCCGAGGGCACGGGGACUGAGGAAGAAAGGAUCACUGUUCCCCCUGAAGGAACCGGCACUAUAGGAAGAGAAAUCGUUCUGACGCCACCCGGUCCCGAUUUUACGGCGUUUAUGGGUCCUUUCACGACUAUCACCGCGCCGGGUACCGGGAUAGAAGAGGAAACCGUCACUCUUCCUCCCACCGGAACUGGAACCAUAGGAACCCAAAUCGUCCUGACACCCCCUGGUCCUGAGCCUACCACCUUCACCGGCCCUUUUACGACCAUCACGGCACCGGGUACUGGGACUGAGGAGGAGACUGUCACGCUUCCCCCUAGUGGAAGUGGGACUGUGGGAACGGAGAUCGUCCUGACCCCGACGACGCCGGUCGCCAGCUUAUCCUCGGAUACUCCUCCUGUCUCUUCCGCUGAGCCUAGUGAGGGCGAGCCUGUUUCUUCUCCUACAGAAUCGGAUGCUUUUUCCUCCCCCGCAGAGUCUGAUCCUGUCUCUUCUGCCGCAGAGUCUGCUCCCGUCUUUUCUCCAACCCAAUCUGAUCCUGUCUCUUCCCCCACCGAGUCGGACCCCGUCUCUUCUCCUGAAUCGGACCCUGUUUCUUCUGCCACAGAGUCGCCCGAACCAUUCUCUUCAGGCCCAGGCGAAUCAUCCCUCGAGCCCACCCCCGAGCCCAGCCAGAGCGAGCCUGCAUCAUCAGCAUCCGCGUCGUCCUGCGUUCCCUCUCCGACCAGCAUAACGCCAUUCUGCGAGCAGGCCCUGCCACCCGGCUGUUCCGAACUGCAGUCCACCAACGGCCUCGCCCUGAUCCCCGUCCUCGCAGAGUGCACCAUCGCCCUCGGCCCCUACGCCAUCGGCAACGUCGCCACCUGCCUCGCCACAAUCCCCACCCUCAGCACCGUCGGAACCGACAUCGCAGACUGCAUCCUGGGCGCCCUGGAGGGCCGCUGCAUCGAAACCCUGCCGGAAGCGUGCGAGGACCUCUCGGAAUCCAACGGCCUCGCCCUCGUCGCCGACAUCGCCGUGUGCGCCGUCGCCCUGGGCCCCUUCGCCUUCGGCAGCGCCGCCACCUGUCUGGCCACGGGGGGCAUCACGUCCGAGUCCCAGGGCGUCAGCAUCAUCGAGGGUCUGGAAGUCGCGUUCGGGUUCCGGCCCGGAACCGGCGUCAUCGUCGACGGGGGUGAAUGUUCGCCGGUCCCGACCGAGGAGCCGGCUGAGCCUGUCUGCGCCCCGAUCCCGGCUGCAUGCCAGAACUUGGGUUCUCUUUCGGGCUUGGCGCUUGUACCGGCCGUCCCGGCUUGCACUGUCGCUCUCGGGGCCUUCGCCGUGGGUAAUGUCGGGGCUUGCUUGGCGACGGAUACCUUUACCGAGGAGACGGCGGGCGACACGGUUGUGUCUUGUCUUGAGGACGCCCUGGAGGACGUCUGCCUGGGGACGCUACCGCCGGCGUGCCUGAACCUUCAGGAUAAUGGCCUUGCCGAGCUUGCCGUCAAUAUCCCUCUCUGCACGGCGGCUCUCGGUCCUCUUGCUGCCGGGUCCGCUCUCGUCUGUUUGACUUCGGGAUUGACGAAUGGUAAUUCGGUGAUUUCGUGCUUGAACGACGCACUUUUCGGCAUUUAA